AGGCGACGGCCCGUCACUGAAUGUGUCACAAAGGUGCAACGUGGAGGCCGCACACACAGGAGGGGGUUUGGAGGAGGAGAGUAAGCACAUGAAAAUGCAUCCCAACCAAACUACUCCUCACAUUUCACCUCAAGAUACAGACAGCGGAUUUGUUGCCUACGCCGCCGUUAUCCCUUUUGUCGUCCUCACCCUGGUUGCAUGUGUGGCAGCCUUGGUUCUUUAUAUCAAAAGGAGAAUGAGGUUAGAUGAGCUCCGCCACAGACUGAUUCCAGUGUACAGCUACGACCCUGCAGAGGAAGACCAUGCCUGGAAACACGGUGCACCGGACAGUGAGGAAGAGCUGGCUGAACUGCUGUGCAAGGAGGGAAGAUCCACUUAUAUCAGACCAAUGGUGUAAUGAGAAACAACAACUACAUAUUGAAGAGAAAAGAAGCCUGACCUCCAUCCUGGUGACCGCAGCCCUGCUCCUCCCAGUGCUGAGCCUGGACACCCUGCUGUGUUACUUCUGCCCCCUGCAGCCCAAAGAGGGGUCGUGUGCCAACAUCACCACCCAAUGUGUGCCCGGCCAGCGCUGCGCCGCCUCCAAGGGUUACUACGGCGCCUUCCACGCACUGUCCUCCCAGGGCUGCGUGGACGCCGAGCUCUGCGGCGCCCGUCAGGUGGUCUCCUACAGGGGGGUGGAGUUCCGAGUGACGCACCGCUGCUGCUGCAGGGACAAGUGCAACAUGGCGGCGGAGUCUGAGGCCGUCCUGAAGAUGCUGCUGGGGAUGAUGACAAAACGGGCGCAGUACUCCAACAUCACCCGUGCUCUCAGGGAGCAGAUCUGGGGGUCGUGUGCGAACACAAGCGCCUCCGCUUUGUAGGCGCUUGCGGGACUAUAAGGGGAGGCCCUUUUAGCCACAGUCCCUCACCUUUGUCUCGUCACAUUGUUUGUUUUAGCAAGGAUCACAACCACCAUGUGGGUUUUAUUGCUCCAGAGAGUUUUGUCAGACCUCCUGGAAAAAAGCAAAUAAAUGCAACAUGUUGAAUCUC